CCAAUCACACUGCGAGAUACUGGUUGGUGAGUGCGUACGGAGGAAGUCCAAAGUGAAAGUGCAGUAUCACCGCCUGCCGCCGCCGCUGGGUACUGUCAGACAUGAGCUCCAUCGGGACCGGGUAUGAUCUGUCGGCCUCUACGUUCUCCCCAGAUGGCAGAGUGUUUCAGGUUGAAUAUGCUGCUAAAGCAGUGGAAAACAGUAGCACUGCCAUUGGCAUCAGAUGUAAGGAUGGAGUUGUGUUUGGUGUAGAAAAACUUGUGCUAUCCAAACUUUACGAAGAAGGUUCCAACAAGCGUAUCUUUAAUGUGGAUCGGCAUGUCGGAAUGGCUGUUGCGGGGCUCUUGGCAGAUGCACGUUCCUUGGCAGACAUUGCUAGAGAGGAGGCUUCCAACUUCAGAUCAAACUAUGGCUAUGACAUUCCAUUAAAGCAUCUCUCAGACAGAGUGGCCAUGUACGUACAUGCAUAUACACUGUACAGUGCUGUCAGACCAUUUGGCUGCAGUUUUAUGUUGGGCUCUUAUAAUGAAGAUGAUGGCGCACAAUUGUAUAUGGUUGACCCAUCUGGUAUAUCAUAUGGCUAUUGGGGAUGUUCUAUUGGUAAAGCCAAACAGGCAGCCAAAACAGAGAUUGAAAAACUACAGAUGAAGGACAUGACAUGCCGAGAAGUAGUGAAAGAAGUAGCAAAAAUAAUCUAUAUUGUACAUGAUGAAGUAAAAGACAAAUCCUUUGAACUGGAACUGAGCUGGGUUGGAGAAAUAACUAAGGGCAGACAUGAAACGGUCCCCAAAGACAUUCGAGAAGAAGCAGAGAAAUAUGCAAAGGAAUCUUUAGAAGAAGAGGACGACUCUGAUGAUGACAACAUGUAACGUCAUUUUUGUUUUUUCUUGGCUAUGUGAAACUUACUCUAAUUACUGUUUUUAUAUAUGUAUUACCCUGAACAGAUUGUCAGCUGGCAAUAAAACCACUGUUUACACAUUGAGUGUUACCUGACAA